GAAAAAAACUCCAAAGCUUUCACCCCUCCUCCUGUCCUCGACCUUCUCUCUUUGGCUCUUCUACUGUUCUUGACUUCAUUCCCAACCCGCACGGAUUUUGCUCCGUCUUGCUUCUUCUUCACCGGAAUUAGGGGUUUUCCGUCCCUCUGUCGUCGGAUCUUCUCUCUACUCAUCAGCACUGGCAUUUGUCUGUUCUUCUCCGGUUUCUGGGGUUGCAUUUUGUGAUGGAUUGAUUCCUCGCACCUGGGUUUUUUGCUAAGUCUGAUUUUUGGUGGUUCAUUUUAUUAGAGGGUUUUUUGAAUGUCUGCUUGGGUAUAUCCGAUAGUGUUGCUUCGAUUGGGAACUUUUGCUGGCUUUUUUCCAACUCUAAAGGGUUCUGGGUUAGUGAAGAGACGUUCUGGUUUAUGGGUAGUGACAAUUGUGCGUCUUUUUGUGGUUGAAUCACCAUUGGGUUUUCGUUUGUAAUUCAGGCUGUAGUUGUUGGGUAUGUGUUUGUAAACAAGUAAUGCUAGUGAAAGGCAAAUAGGCAAUAAUGGUUUGGAAGCUGAGUCUGAGCUACUAACAUGUUUACUAGUUGAAGCUGAAUGUCCAGUGCGUGAUGUGAGACCUGUAAUUUGGUGAGGGAGUUGAUAAAUGUUGAUGCAUGUAGCUUGACUGUGAAAGAAAAUGGUGACUGGUGAGAGUUCAUUUGGAUGGUAGAAUAUUUUGUGAACAAAGUUUAAAAUGUAAACAAACUUAUUCCCAGUUGUAGCAUCGACAUGACUAGAUUCGCCAAGCUUUUUCUAUGUCUUUUGCUUUGUUUUCUUCUUGAUGUUUCAUGCGUGAUCACAAUGUGAUAUUAUGAUGAUCCUUGCUCAUUGGUACAGGUUUGGAAGUCAUUUUCCCUGUUAAUAUAGCUUGAUUGUUUGUCUGUGUGCUGAAAACAUCGAUAAUGUUACAGCACUUUGGUCUCUGGUGCUGAACUGGUCUCCCUCUCUUUACUUGUAAUUAUGUUAACUCAUUAUUCAAAAGUAGAUAGCUGUUGAUUCUAUGUACCUUAGAGCUUGAUGUUAUUUUUCUACUCUUUCUUACUAUCUUUUGAUAUAGUGUCUGAUAACUGAGCAUCACCACUCCUCAAAUUGGUUUGCAUUCGUUAUCCGCAAAGAUCAUCAUUGCUGCUAAAGUCAAAAUGGAUGAUGGAGGACAUCGUGAAAAUGGACGACAUAAACAAGAUCAGUUCAAAGCAGCUCAGAGUCAGUGGCUGAUGCAACAGCCAACCAUGAAGCAAAUCAUGGCAAUCAUGGCUGAACGAGAUGCUGCAAUCCAUGAGCGAAACAUGGCCAUCUCAGAGAGGAAGGCAGCUAUAGCAGAGAGAGACAUGGCGUUCCUUCAGCGAGACUCAGCUAUCGCCGAGAGAAACAAUGCCCUAAUGGAGCGAGACAAUGCCAUCGCAAACUUCCAAUACCGGGAUAACUCUCUCCCUAACGGCAACAACAUGUCUUCUUCCUGUCCAUCAAAUUGCCAAAUCUCCCGAGGCGUGAAGCACAUUCACCACCCCCAGCAUCUCCCCCACAUGCACGAGAUCCAAGGAAAUGAUCCCUCCCUUCCAACUUCUUCGCCUUCUAUCAUCCCAGACACAGCAAAGCCCAGACGUGGCGGUGGCAAAAGACCCAAGGACCCCACCAAGGCGAUGGGCUCCAAUAAAAGGGCCUCAUCGAAAUCAAAGGUGAAAAAGGAGAGCAACGAGUGGAAGCCAGAGCAGGAUAUGGGCAUGGGAGAUGCAGAAGAUUUGAACAAUAAACAGCUCGUGAUAUCGAACUGGAAAGGUUCGGACCUCGGGCUGAACCAGAUUGCAUUCGACGAUUCAACCAUGCCUGCACCGGUUUGCUCAUGCACCGGAAUCUUCAGGCAAUGCUAUAAGUGGGGGAAUGGAGGGUGGCAGUCCUCAUGCUGCACGACCACUCUGUCGAUGUACCCUCUUCCAGCAGUGCCAAACAAGAGGCACGCUCGUAUCGGUGGGAGGAAGAUGAGCGGCAGUGCAUUCAGCAAGCUGCUGAGCCGUCUGGCAGCUGAAGGGCAUGAUCUGGCUCAUCCGGUUGAUCUCAAGAACCACUGGGCGAAACAUGGAACCAACCGCUACAUCACGAUCAAGUAAAGCUUAACCCGGUACAAUAAUUUUACUUCUGGCAUGGUGAGCUCCUCUUGUGUGUAUCCUUCCGAGGCACACAAAUUUUAGGAUCAUAAUGCUGUGGAGGGAAAGAAAUAAGCAGGGGGGCAUGAUAAGAGCGGAGGAAUAGAGUAGGCAAGGUGAUCCUCCCGACAACUUUGUUCGAGCCGGUUUUCUUCUGUACUGCAAAAUUGUUGUGUAUGGUGUAGAUGGAGUAAGUGUAUGUAGCAUUGUAGCUUCAAUUGUAAAUGUACCUCUUUUUUCCUUCCAUCGGCAUGUUGGAGUAAUGUAACUGGAAUGAUGUAUCUGUUGUACUGUUGUAGUAUCAAAGACUGUACUGUUCUGAGACUUUUUACUGCAACUCACUAUUGCAUAAUUUCAUAUUGCAGAGUACUGG